AUGUUCGUCAUCCAUUCUCACGAGGUGGCCACUUCAUCAGUGUUGCGGUUGCCUCAGAAUGGUGUUGAUGCUGAGGAUUCCAGUCCGUUUCGGAACUUCUGUCUCCAGGAUCCCGUCCUACCACCUCAUGUUUAUUAUCCCCAGAGUGAGUGCUGCAAGGGUCCCGUCGUCCUUGACGUGCGCCAUCAUUCGUCCUAGAGCUGACGCACCAUGUGCGUGCAUCUCUAAGGACAGCGCAGGUCUGCUUUUGAUGCAGACUCCAGGAAAGCAUGCAGGUCCUCGGAGAACUUGAUGAACGUCCUCGUCAGAACUGGUCAAACGAGAGAGGUAGGCGCUGAUGGUGGUGACGAAUUUAGAUCCCCGAAUGGGCGGGCGUAGUGUUGUGACAGUUCGCUCAACUUGUCGUAGCCACUUUGUCUCAGAGGUAUUUGCAGUAGUAAGCGGAGUGAAGCAGGGCUGCAUACUCACUCCUAACCUCUCCAGUCUCACGUCGUCUGCCAUGCUGCCGGACGCCUCCCGUGAUGAUCACCUCGGGAUCCGCAUUGCCCUCAGGACCGAUGGCCUUCUUCCAUACAGCCGGCGUCUACAGGCCUCAACGCGUCUCUCCACGACUACAGUCCACGACCUCCUCUACGCUGAGGACUAUGCACUCAACACCGAAGGCAGAAGCUGACACGCAACGGAGCAUGAAACUCUUCACCUCUGACUACGCUCAAUCGGGGCUCACCACCAACACGAACAAAACGGUGGUCAUUCCUCAACCGCCACCGAGAGCUGCAUACAGUGUUCCUCCAAUUCACGUCGACAGCGGCGAGCAGAAUAUCGUGGACAACGUCGUCUUAUUAUGCAACACACACUCCCACUGCAUUAAAGUCGGUGACAAAGUUGCCCAACGGAUCUUGGAAGCCAGCCAAGGUUUCAGCCGUCUGUAG